AUGGUCUACACAAUAACCGUCCACCUCCGCGCCAAAUCCUCCGACCCGGCCAUCAUCCAAAAGCUAAAGAACAAGCUCAUCGAGGCUUCCCGGGUGUACUCCAAAGACAAAGAGACCCUGUCGUGGUUCGUCAUGCAGUCUGUCCACGACGAACGCGAUUUCACCAUCGUCGAGAGAUACAAGCAGGAAAGCAGCCAGAAGUAUCAUCUGGACAACCCGUACUGGAAGACCUUUGACCCGUACGUCAAGCCGCUCCUGGAAGGGGAAAUGGAUUUGAGAAGGUUUGAGGAGUUGGACACGAGCAAGGACGUCGUCGUAGAAGGAUCAUGA